AUGAAUAAUCCAAGAAGAAAUAAUCGCCCAGACUAUAACUCCACAUGCGCAGAAGCACUAGAACAGUGGCUCUCCACUGAGCAUCUCUGGGACAAAGCAAUCAACUCACCUAAUGAGAUCGCUCAGGACGAGAAACAUGCGAUAAUGGACUGGCCACCACUCGAAGAAAUGGAAGAAAACUCUCGAAAAUAUCUAGGAAAAUCUCUUCAGGACUUGAUUCAUCUAGCAUCUACUGAUCCUGUGUCUCUCACCUAUCCAGAAUGCCGGUUUAUACAUGAUGACUUUCACAUUCUCGGCGAGCUUGAGAGUGUGAAAUACAGCAACGAUCAGGCAGGUAGGAUCAUUGACGAGGGAGAGAGAUGGAAGAAAUGGCAAAAGGCGCGCGAAGCAGUCUCCUCAGCAGACGAAUUCAAAGCGGUUACAAAUGUGCAGGGGACAGAUCUCUACCGGGACAAGCUAAAGGAGUGGACUGAACCUAGGAUUAAGGCCGAACAGAGGUCGAGGACCCAUCCUCCUGACUGGGUGCAGAAAAUAAUUGACAGCGAUGACAAGGCCUGGGGUUACGUGAUUUAUCGUCCGUUUAUCCAGGGAGAACAGUCCGACGAGACGAAGCAGGCAUGGGAUGCUUGCUGGGAACGUUUCAAUGAGCUGCAAAGUGGCCAGCCAGUCCCGGUGUUCACCAUUGGUGCUGAAGAAAUCACUGGCACAAAGGUUUUCGACUUUGUGGACUACUCUGCUGAAAUGGCCGAAGUGAAUUGUUUAAGAGGGGAUUUUCGGGAUCGCCGUGAAAAAGGAAACCUGAAACCUGGUGUUCUUUCAAACGUGUUUCUCGUGAUGUCAAAUGAAUGCAGAGACUCGUACACCACAGGAGAAAAGUUUGGAUGGCUCUGGGCGAUCGAUCCUGAGUGGACUUUACCAAACGCUGACGAAGACGGUUACGACGGACGCGUGGCGAUAACUUGGGGGCAGCUUUUCAACAAAUUUUAUGAUUUCAUGUCUGCUCAGCGGUUUACGUUAAAAGAAAUCUGGCAAGAUUUCCAUGAAGUAAAUAGGGAUCUUUCUGAAGGGCCUUUAGCUGGUUGGCUUUUUUCUAGGCUACCUAAAAAAAAUUGGCCAGAUAUUUGA